UUUUGACAUUUGAAGGUGUCAAAUGUCAAAUUGACAUUGUCAGCUAUCACUGACACUGACAGAUGUUGCUAACCUCAACUCAACUCAAACCAAACUCAAUCCUCAAUCAAAUUCAAUUAUUCAUUCUAGAAUUUUCAGUGCAGCAUCAGCUAUGGGGUCCAAUCAGCAAGAUAACCAGAAUCAGAUGGCCGGGUCCCUGACUUUUCCCGGAAGCAGCAAUGUCCAGGCAGUAUCGGAGCAGCCAAGGCAACCCAGGAAUUUGCAGGGUCUGCUCAGAUUUGCUAUGGAGGCUACUAAAAUUGAAGAUGCCCCAGGUGAAUCACAGAUAGGACCCAUGGAUGAGGAGAGACGCAAAUUCCUUGAGGAAGCUUUGAAGAACCUCACAGUGAAUGUGUCAGAGGUUCUCCGGGAGGCCAUCAAGGUGCUUGCCAACACGGAGGUGAUGCACGCCAUCCAGCUCGGCCAGGCCCUGCCUGAGGAGGUGCAGACUGCCUUCGACAACCUGCUCGACUUCACUGAUAACAUUGAUAUGGCUGUUGAUUUCUACAAGAUGGGCGGGUUCUCGAUCUUCCCGGUGUGCUACGGCAGCGAGAACGAGAAGGUGCGAGCUAGAGCCUCCUCCGUGCUCGGGGAGCUGUGUCAGAACAACCCCUUCUGUCAGUCGCGCGCUCUGGAGUUCGGCUUGCUGAAUGUCCUGCUGUCGCUGGUGGAGACGGAGCAAGGCACUGCCUUGGCCAAGAGUCUGUACGCACUCUCAUGUGCAACCCGCGAAUACGAGCCAGCCUGUCGCGAGCUGAUCGCGCAGGGGGGCUGCGGGACACUAGUGCGGCUGUUCCGAGCUGGGGACGAGCAGGCGCGGACCAAGGCCGCCUUCCUCACGCGAUACCUCGCCACGCACUACCCGGAGGCUAAAGCCCAAUUCAUCAACCAGAACGUGGUGAAGACGAUCACGGAGCAGCUAAAAGCGGGCAGAGACAACACCACAGAGCACUACUUGAGCGUGCUAGUGUCAUUAGUCGACGGCGAAGACGCGACCGUGCUGCGGCAGUGCCGGGACUCGAACCUGGGACAAGCUCUGCGGGAGCUGCUCAAGCUACCCGAGUUGCAGGACCAGUUCAUUGAAGAGAAGGAUUACUGUGAAGAGUUGUUGAAGGUGAUUGGCAACCAGUCGAGCGACGGGUCCAACCCGGAUGGCGCUGAUAGAUAGGAACGUUUUACAAAUAUAUUUGGAGGUCUCAAAUACCGUAAAUGGAGUAUUUAUGUGUGUUUAGAAACGUUGUCUGUAUAUAAGUAUAGUGUGUGUAGUUAUUGGGUGAGUGUAGGUGUAAUAUAACUGAAUAACAGGGAUGUUUGUGUAUGAAUGAGCUAACUGCCUUGCAAUUUGUACCUGCAUUUAAUUUUGAAUUUGUAAAGUUUUUAUUUUGUACAAAAAAGAAACUAACACGAACAAUAAUAAACAUUCUUAACAC